CUCUCUUCGUUUUACCUCCAUCUCACUUGAGAUGUUCCAACCUUCAAGCCUACCUAUCCUACUCCUACACUUGACCACUUUUUAAAAAGGUCAUGCCAAAACUUCUAGUAAAUAUGGGUUAAUAUUAUACCCUCUCCUUAAUCUCUUAUUUUGUAAUUAUUCAACAUAAUAAUCAACUUUUUGGUUUACUAAAAUACUUUGCCUGGUUUAAUCCAAACCAACAGUGAAUUAAAAUUAUUUACAAAUCUUUCUCUUAUCCUAAUUCAAAAUGGUUUUGGUUUUGGUUGAGUAAAAACCAGAAAAGAAUUUGAAAUAAAAUGGAAAAGAGAGCAGCCUAGUCUGAUCCUUUUUCUGCUUGGACGCCCAGCGCAGCUCCUGUUCAUCUGUCUUCUUUCCGUCAGAAACCAGACGACGUGAGCAUCUUCCAAUCUUUCUUCUCACGGUCACCUGCCCAGCUCCUCUAUCCUUCUACCCUUCCUCCAAAUCAAGCCACAAACCCUAGACCUCUUCCUCUGCGCCGCCCCUCUGCUCCUUUCUGCUGCUCCACAAAAAUCAGAGAGGGACAUUGAGAGAAAGUCUUCAGUUUCAUCAGACAAAACCGCUAAGAAAUCCUGCCGGAGAUCGCCGUCCUUGCCGUCGUUGUUCGCCGCUGCUCGCUGCGCCGAGCGCGGGGAUGGAGCCGCCGUGGUGCCCUCUUCCUCCUCGCUGAACCGGAGCCGGAGCUGCUCAAGAACGCCGCCGCCGCCAAGACGUACCUGGUGCGCCGCCGUGCACGCCGACGACCUCCGCUUCGCCCCGCCGUCGUCUCCAUCCUCCCCAACUUUUCUCCCUUGACGUGAGGCGCAGCAGCGUCGAUCUUGGUCGAGUUUCGCAGUUUCCUUCAAAGGACCGAGCCCCUCUCUUCAGUUGGCUGGCUGGUUACAUCUGCACCAUAGACGUCGGUACCGAGGAGUACGGCGAGGAGUACGACUACUACCUUGAGGAGGAUCGUGCCGGUUUCUCUUCUUCUGACUUGACAGGAUGCCUCCAAGGCGCGCACCUCCGCCUCCUCCACCUCCACCUCUGGAAAUUGGGCAAGCUCUGCUUAAUGUGACUCAGAUUCUAACGCAGUUGGCCCAGAACCAGGUGCAGAACAAUGAAGGGAAUGGCCGGGUCACUAUCAGAGAGUUCCUUAAUCUCAACCCGCGCACCUUCGACACUCCUCUGAAGCCACUAGAUGCAGAUGAUUGGCUGCGUGAGAUGAACCGCACCCUCAACACCGCGCGUGUAGCUCCAGCAGACAGAGUUUCCUUUGUGACCUUCCUCCUGAGAGGUGAGUCUGCUGCAUGGUGGGACAGCUACCUAGAGAGGAGAGAUCCAGAUGUUGAGACUGGUUGGGAUGAGUUCCAGGCGCUUUUCAGGCGUCAUCACAUUCGUGAUGGUGCCAUGGACAAGAUGCGUGAGGAGUUUCGCAGGCUCACACAGGCUGAUAUGGAUGUGGAAACCUACAGCAGAGCCUUCACCAACCUUGCUCGCUAUGCAGGUGAUGAGAUCUCCACCGAUGAGAGGAAGCAAGACAAGUUUCGCAGAGGCCUCAACCCUACAGUCAAGUUCGCUAUCAACCUGAUCAAGUGCAGAAACUUCGAUGAGCUUGUUGAUACAGCUAUCAAGGCUGAGACUGGUAGACAGGAGUUUGAGCAGUCAAGGAAGCACUCUCGUGACAAUGGCUCUUCUUCGACACCAGCUAUGCCACCUCAGAAGCGCAGAGUUUGGUUUCCUGACACUGCUCCACCAGCACCACGGUCCUUCCACUCGAGACCGCCUGGGUUUGCUCCCCGCCCACCCACCCCUCAGUUUGCUCACAGGCCAGCACAGUUUCAGCACAGGCCAGCUUUCGCUCCUCAGCAACACGGAGGUUUUGUUCAGCAGCAGAGGCCAGCUUUUGGUCCUCCUCAGAGACAGUUUGCUCCCCGUCCUUCUUCAGUCACUUGCUACUCUUGUGGCCAGCCUGGGCACACUUCCCGUACUUGUUCUCAGAAGCAGCAACUUCCACCACCACCACCUCGUCCUUCCUCGACUCAGACGAUGGUGCGUGCUCCUUCUACAGGCAAGGCUUUCAACUAUAACAAUAUGCCUAGAUCUGCCACUGUCAACAAUAUCACCGCAGAGGAAGCUGAGAAGGCAUCAGACGUUGUGCUUGACGUCGGUACCGAGGAGUACGGCGAGGAGUACGACUACUACCUUGAGGAGGAUCGUGCCGGUUUCUCUUCUUCUGACUUGACAGGUACGACAGGUUAUGAGUAUCCACCUAGACACUACUUUGUUGACCACGCCGAGGACGACUACAUCGAGUAGAGAGGACGCUCCUAAGGCAGCAGCCUGGGGCUUGCUGGAUAUGGAUCCUAUUGCUUUAUUUAUGGACUCUUAGUCCCAUUUGCUUCUUGUCUGUACUCAGACGUGUAUUCGCUUCCGCAUGAUGUAUUGAUGUAUUGUUGGGACAUGUGUCCUCUGAGUGUCAUUUGCUAUCUUGCUCUAUGAGCGUUGCUAUAUACUUAUUUAACUCUUUUGUGUCGUAGAGUUAAUGUUGUGAUAUCA